GUCAGCUGACUUCCAUUCGCCUGACUACAAUUUACCAAAAGACCAUAACUAUUUUUUUUUCAUAUUGUAGCUGAUAUUUAUUACUGUAUCAUUAAAUAAUAAGGCUACGUUAAUGACUGAUUCCUUUCGCUCUGCUAAGUAAUUCGUUUGCUUUUACAAUUGGCUGCUAGUUAGCUUGACAUUUCGCAAGUAAUUUGCAGUUGUCUAGCAGCUGCUCAAAGGAAACAAAACUUUGAAUUAACUACUGAAACUAGCAGGUCCGCAAAGUUUGCAAAAAAUGGACAAGAUUGCUAAAGAUGUGGGUGAUAUCCAGUCCCGCCUGUUACACCACAGACCCAUUAUCAAUGCAGAGAUCCGCUACUUUGUGAGAGAAUUCGAGGAGAAACGUGGACACAGGGAGAGCAGACUGCUAGAGAAUCUCAAUAAAAUGGUGGUGGAAGCAAAUGAGCAAAUGCUGCCCUCAAAUUUAGAAGGUGUGAACCAGGAUUUGAUGUCUAACAUCAUAAAACGAUUGGAGGCUGCUAAUCACCUGGCAGACAGAGUCCAGCAGAGGGAGCUAGAGGUACAACAGAGCACCCAGAUGCAGAUGAACAUGGAGCGUUUGAAAGACGAAUGGACAGACUUCCUGAAGGAGCAGCAGAGAUUAAAGGAGGAGGUGGAUGAGGAGCAUGCCAAGGCUGUAGGACAACUCAGCACCCACUAUAGUGCAAUGAAGAUGGACCUAAACAAGUUUUCAUGCCUCUAAUCGGUUGAUGUUUGCGAGUAUGAGAAAACAAACACUUAUUUUUUACGGACAUGGUCGUCUGUUCUGCAUAUGCGAAAUUAAGAUAUUGGCUUUGAUUGAUGUACUUGGUGGUUGGCAGAAAAAAACCUAGAGGUUCUGCUGUCAACAUUUUCCAAAUCAUAAAUACCUGUAUAUAUGUGAUUAACAGUGUGGCAAUUUCACAGGCCAUAAAACUCACAUUUGUGUGUGUAGCGUAUGGAACUUUUUAAACAAGCAAUCAUUGAAGGCCAUGAAGUUGUCAGCAUUUCACAAUUUUUCAUGGUGGCCAGCCUGGAGGGCGCUGAUGAUAAAUUUGCAUCAAGCUCAAGCUGAAAGGAACUCAGCGCAGGUCGAAUGCUAUAAAAACAAGCUCAAACAGAACUGAACAAACAUCCCUUGCCAGCUCUCCUGUGUUUAGAACAUUUCACCUCUGAACUUAGCUUAAGGAAACUAUCUGUGAAGUGACUUUCAUCUGACAAAGUGAAAACAUAAAACAUUGACAUAAGUAUUCAGACCCUUUACUCAGUACUUAGUUGAAGCUUAUUUGGCAGCAAUUACAGCUUUGUGUCUUCUUGGAUAUGACGCGGCAAGUUUUUCACACCUGGCAUUUGGGGAUUUUCUACAAUUCGGGAGCUUUGCAGGAAGUUCAUUCAACCUCAUGGCUUGAUUUUUGCUUUGUGAGACCUCAUACAAGACAGGUGUGUGCCUUUCCAAAUCAUGUCCAAUCAGUUGAAUUUACCAUUGGUGGAUCCAGUCAAGGUGUGGAAACAUCUCAAACAUGAUCAAGAGCGUGGGGUUUUAAAUUUACAAAAAAUUCUAAAAUUCAGUUUUUUGUCAUCAUGGGGUUUUGAGUGUAGACUGAUAAGAGGAAAAUGAAUUCAGAUUAUUUUAGCAUAAGACUGCAACAUAACAAGAUGUGAAAAAGUGAAUGGGUCUGAAUACUUUGUGAAUUCACAGUAUUUUUGUAUGUAAUACGAACUACAAAAGAAGUUAAAUCAUCCUUGUGUCGCUUCACCCUUAGGCUAAGAACCUUGAGGAUGAUGUUAGACUCUCAACACCUCUAAUAAAAAGUGUUGUUUUUUUUCUGCA